UUCCCCUACCAAUUGAACGAGAAAAGCUUAAAUUUUGUCUAGGACGGCGGACAAUGGUCAGUUUUCACCAUGAAGCCGUACAUUUUCCUUCUGACUAUUGCAAGUUUAGGCUACCAAGUGCUGUGCCAGGAGACUGGAAGGUCGCUUUUCGGAUUCCCUUCUUUGUUUUCAAAUGGACCUAGCCAACCAGAAGUCACGUACAGAGAGUUGACCGACCUGCCUAACAACCAAAAAGGAUUUGUUAUAACAAAUAGCCAAUAUACGCCUCCCAGUCGGACCAGCCCUCAGCUGACGGAGGAGCAAAGACUUUUUGUCAAAGCUCAGGAUGAUUUUAGAAAAUCGAUCGCUAAAGCGAAUCAGCAGAGGUUUAACGGGGAGGUCCACCCUGCAGAAAUGGUUUUUCAACAGCUACCUAGAGAAGAAGCUUUCGGCCAAAAGGUAUUCAGUACUCAAAACCAACCUCAGCAAAAUUUUGGCUUGAACGUACCAACCCGAAACUCUGAGCCGUUCAGGCCUUCCCAGCCGAUCAACGAACCGGCACACUUUCUUCCUCCUCCACCACCGCCCUUCAUGCAAUUGGACACACCGAAAAACGAACCAGCUCAAUUUUUCCAAAACGUACCCUCGCAAACGUUUAACCACCAGCCUACGCCUAGUCAAAGAGUAGAGACUUUCCUUCCUCCUCAAACGGAACACACUCAGAUUUUCCAAAGAAUACAACCUUCGGCUCAGCAGGUAUCGCCGUCAUUCGUGCAGACUCCUGAGUCUCAAUCCUUUGGUCAGCUCAGGCCGACUCAGCAGACUUUCGUGCAGAACCAACAGGUAGAUACAUUCAAGACUGCUGAUGAACAACCUCGUAGAAGACGGCCCCAGAGGAUCAGGCAGAACUUCGAAUCCCCUGUCGACCAUGCCGUACGCGACAAUCCUCCUGCCCCAGUGCUAACUUCACAAGACGAACUUUUCAAAAAACAGGCUGAAAGCGCCAAAUACUCUUUUCAGUCCUCCGUAGCCGAUGGCAUCAACGAUAAUUCCCAAGUUCGACAAGAGACCAGAGAUGGACUUAAGCUCACAGGACUCUACUCCUAUUCAGAUGGAUAUUUUAAAAGGACUGUCCAUUAUGUUGCUGACGAAAACGGAUACAGAGUUGUUAAGGAAGAGAGUGAACCGAUCGGCACUGGUCCAGUUCACAAUCCAUCAGGGCAGGUCGACGUUCUUACCAGUCAUUCGGGAACCACGCUGCAGUACUCGUUGCAAGGCGAUAGGUUGCCCAAGUACAGGACCAGCACGGUGGCUGAUAAUAGAAAACACUAAAAUUCUAUUUACUAAAAGUCACAAUUAUGUAAUUAUCAACAAUUUCUAAAGUGUUUCCCACCAUGAACCACAUUGGCCAACCACAUUGCCUAUUACUAAGUAAUUUUUUGCACUUGUUAUUGUUAAGUUUUGAAUCAGUAAAUGUUUAUAAUUUUUA